AACCUAUAUUUAAGAAAGAGAGUUAAACUAAAAUAAACUUCAGUAAAUUGCCCUAAAAAGUUCUGUACACUAAAUCUUCAUAGAUAUAAGAUUAAUGGGUCAAACAUAAUAACAUAAAAUGAGUAAAUUAAUAAAUAAAAACGCCGAGAGACUGAAUCCGUGUCUUACAGAACAGGAACAGUCUUACAAAUGUUUGGAUAAAAAUGGUUUUGAUCACGCAAAAUGCGAGGAGUAUUUCGAAAAUUACAACACCUGCAAAAAGUUUUGGGGAAAAGUGUACAAAGACAGAAAAGCAAAGGGUAUACAACCGUACCUACCAGAGGUUGAAGAGAGGAAAGAAAUAAAAGCAGCCUAUUUUAAGGCUGUUAAAGGAGAAUAAUAAAAAAUUAAAUCUCUCAUUGUCUAGGUGAUUUUUAAAUGUAUUUCAUUAAUCAUAGAAAUAGUUUGUGUUAUUAAAAAAUUUAGA